AGGCGUAAACUGUGGGCUAUAGGCCGCCAUUUUGGCUCUUCCUCAGCGCUGACUUCAACUGGGCUUUGUGCAGACUGUCGAGCCUUAAUGGACACAGUUUCAUGGAAGGAAAUAGGAAACUCAGCAGGUCACACUAUGUCCACCCCUGCCUUCAGCCCAGAGGAGACCCAGAGAAUACUGCAUCAUCUGCAGCAGCCUGCAGUCUUCCUGAACAUGACAUGUAGCUGGCCUGUUCUUCAGUGGACUGCAGAACACCUGUCUGAAUGCUUUGGCAACCGUCUUAUCCAAUUCAGACUUGGUAGAAAAGCUGAGACCAACAAACCUCUGUUUGAGACACACUGUUCCUAUCUGGAGGCAAAGAUGUCACAGUUUCUCAGCUGGACCAGAAUGGAUCCCAGAACCGAUGCAGGACCUUUCUCUAAGUAUUCGAUUACAGAAUAUUGGGCUUAUGCUGACUACAAGUACAUUGCUGUUCUGUUUCAAGAUCAGCCAUUCAUGUUUGAGGAUGUAUUGUGGUCCCAGUUUGGUUUUCCAGGGCGUAAUGGGAAAGAGAGCACUUUGUGGAUUGGCACAGACGGGGCCAACACUCCAUGCCAUCUGGACGCGUAUGGAUUUAACCUGGUACUGCAGGUAGAAGGACGGAAACGUUGGCAUCUGUUUCCUCCGGAGGACACUGCUAGUCUUUACCCUACCAGGAUCCCCUAUGAAGAGUCCAGUGUCUUCAGCCAAGUAGAUGUCCUCCAGCCAGACCUGAGAAGGUUUCCUGCCUUUAAGAAAACCAGGGCCCACACUGUCACUCUUCAUCCUGGACAGGUGCUUUUCGUCCCCAGACACUGGUGGCACUAUGUGGAGUCGGUGGACGACGUCACCGUCAGUGUCAACACCUGGAUUGAGCUGGGAGCUGAUGAUGAGUCAAGAGUUGGCGAGGCUGUGACAAAAGCUGUUGUCUGUGCCCUGAAGAGCAUGCCAAGCAGUGACAACACCGACAACUGGCUCAACCCCCACCGAGGAAUGGCGUCCCAUCAUGAGAACAUGCAGUAUGUGACCCUGGCAGUGAGAGCCUGUGCCCAAAAACAAAAGGAUCAGGUCCAAAGACAGACACGUCCACUCAAACGAGACUCCUGCGGACAAUUCCAGAAGAGCAGGGACUUCGUCAAGGAUGCUGUACCCUUCAAUGUUCCCUUUGGACCACAUCUCAUUCCUGUGCACUGUCAGCAAAAAGACUCAUCAGACUCAGAGUUUAUGAGACCAAAAGAUCUGGAGGCCAAAUCCUCCGCAACCUGUGAACUCCAGUAUCACCAAGACUGUACUGUGGUCAGACCCCAACAGCCAGAACAUGAAUGUGGGUCUGGCGCAGCUCUGUGCAGAACAUAUGAUUCUGGGGAAGGAAGCUCAUCGCAUAAUCCACAUGAGAUGAAAGAAUCAAGACUCACAAUCACUACCAAUGACCUUCUGGACUGCUUGGUGCAUCCUGAUAUCAUUGCCCGUGUCACUGAGCUUCUACUGGAAAGGCACUCAGACGGUCUAAAUACCCUAAAUGUGUUGGGCCAUUAAUCCUAUGGGUGGUAUUGGCACACGGUUCACAUACUGUUGAAGAAUGAUUCUCUGUCCAGAUGCAAACACAAAGUCCAACUAAAAUGUCGUUGCAGGUUUUCUUGUUGCAGCAGAGCUUUGAUGGGUUCAUCUGCGAGAAGUAUUAGUACUUCAAAUAUUUUUAGAUUUCAUGACGCCACCCCCUGACUUUGUGUUGGUUUCCUUGUUACAUACCCGUGAUGGAGGCUUUGGUUGGUGUCAUUUGCUUAGAAGAUGAUCACAGUCUGCAAAGUUGGUUCUGAGUUUUCUUAUCAGCGCACGUGAAGACACGCUGUACAUCAGCUCGUCUAAACGCAGCUAAACAAGCAAUGUUAUUGGUGCACUUACGCACUGGCAAACACUGCAGUCUGCAAUAAGCUAAAACUUGUUAGCAGGUCAAAGAAUUUGUGACGGAAUUUGGACAAACACCAAAUGAUGGUCAACUAGUCGGUGCGCUUUGUUUCAGAGCGUAAGGUUCCCGGUUCAAACCCCACCCCUGCCACAUUUCUUCAUAUAAUGUAGAGUUGCAUCAGGAAGGGCAUCCAGUGCCAAAUCAACAUGCAGGCUCACCUUGGGCCUGGCGACCUCCAGUGAAAACAAGGGAGCAGCCAAAGGAACUUGCCGAGGCACAAUGUGCUACCCAAACUGAUUUGAGUGGUGGUAAAUGUUUUAAAAGUACUAAACUAAAUACAUGCUGACAUCAGAGGUUCAUUUUUGCCUUUUUUUUUCUGACAAAGCCUUACAGUGAUUGACAGCUGUGGAAAAUCUAUAAUGUUCCACUGUGACUGAAGUGAAGAGAAGAACAAUAUUGUCGUCUUACUGCACUCUUCUGUCCAGUCUGGACUAACUGUAACCUGAUUAUCAUGCAGU